CUUCACUGUUGAGUUGCUUAGAGGAACUAGAAGUGGGAACCAGGAAAAGCAGGGUUGUGGGAUGACCGGGACCCUUCUCCUAAAGAAGGAGAAAUAAAUGGAGAAAUGCAGGUGAGGAAAAUAAGCAGUGGGUGGUUUUAUAAUGGCUACACAAACUAGUCAUGACUUUCAUGGUCAAGAUAACAAGUUUCUGGAAAAUCAUUGCAUGAGGAGAAACAAUGGCAGAGAUCCAAAGAAGCAAUUGAAUCAGAAGAAUAUCAAUGGACUUGGCCAAAAUCCAGACGAUGGACUACUGGUUACACACGUCAACCAGACACAGGACUUACUGAGGCUGCAGGGGGACGAGACCCAGCCUUCAGCUCGGGAGGACUCAGAAGACUGGCUUUCAGUGCACAGCUUAAAGUUUGAGAAGCUCACCCUGGCUGACCUGAUAAGACAGGGCACCGCCGUGCUGGAGGAGGGCAGCAACGUCAUGAGGAAAAUACACUUCUCCACUGAGAUCAUCCACCAAUUUGAAUCCAAGCUCUCUGAAGCUGUUGAACUCUAUCAACAGAGAAUUCAGUGGCUCACAGAAAACAGCAAGAAGGCAUUUGGCCUCAUCAAGGGGGCCAGAGUCGGCAUCCUCAUUGACGUGUCAGCCAUCAACAGCAGUCCUCAGACAGAAGAGUUCCAAAAUGACCUCGUGAGCCUCGUUGAUGAGCAGCUGAGCCUCAAGGAGAAGCUGUAUGUCCUGUCCUUCGGCACCACCACCAGUGCCCUUUGGCCAGACCCGGUGGAAGUCAAGGCCUCCACCCUCCAGGAACUCAAGCUCUGGGUAAAGAAACUGCAGCCUGAUGUGGGCAGCAAUCUGCUACAAGCCCUGAAGAAGAUCUUCGCUGUAAAGGAGCUGAAUUCUCUGGUGACCAUAAUGGGAAGCUGCCCAGAUCAGCCUUCUGAAAUCCUGUCCGACUACAUCCAACAGUCUGUCGUGGGAAGGGGCCUCAUCACCCACAUCAUCACCUACAAAUGCGACCACCAGGUGCCCCCUGCUGUCCUAAGGAACCUUGCAGAGGCUGUCGGGGGCUACUACCACUGCUAUAGCCCAGAGACGGAGAUCUGUACCAGCCGGGAGGUGGAUGAGCUCCUGGCAGAAAUCCAGAAGGCUCAGAACCUCCUGGGCCACGUCCAAGCCCUCCGCCACAGCACCCCCUGGGAUGAGCUGACCUGCAUGAUGAGGGAGCUUUCCACAGAGAUUGCAAAAGGGCCACUCACAAGUCUCUUGCCUAAACCUCCAAAGCAUGAGGCGCCCCUCACCAUUGAGUUCCCAAACUUGGACAAGACUUCUGCAGAAUGGCUCAAGAUCAAUGGCCUGAAAGCCAAGAAGUUAAGCCUUUAUCAGGUUCUGGCACCCAACGCAUUCUCGCCCGUGGAGGAAUUUGUGCCUAUUCUCCAGAAAACAGUAUCAUCAACUAUCCAUGAGAAAGCGAUGGUGCAAUUUGAGUGGCAUGACGGGACAGUGAAGAACAUCCACGUGGACCCGCCGUUCCUCUAUGAGUACCAGAAACAGCUCAGCAGAGCUAUGCGGAUGUACGAGAGGCGGAUCGAGUGGCUUUCCUUGGCCAGCAGAAGAAUCUGGGGCACUGUUUGUGAAAAAAGGGUGGUUAUACUGCUGGAUAUCUCUGCGACCAAUUCCAUGUACAUUAUUCAUAUCCAGCACUCCCUGCGGCUGCUGCUGGAGGAGCAAUUGUCCAACAAGGACCACUUCAACAUCAUCGCGUUUGGAAGCACCAUUGAAAGCUGGAAGCCUGAGAUGGUUGCCGUGAGCCGUGACAACUUACAAAGCGCCUGGCGGUGGGCCCUGACCCUGCAGUGUCGGGGCAGCAGGAACGUCCUCAGCGCCCUGCGGAAGGCUGUGGAAGUGGACUUCAAGGACAAAGACAAACACCAAUCGCAGGGCAUCUACCUCUUCACGGGGGGCGUGCCUGACCAGGACAUGCCCACGCUCAGGGCCUACGUGGCCGAGGCCUGUGGAGGCUGCGACCUCCAGCUGCACGUAUGUCUCUUCUACGUGGGUGAGCCACAGAUGGACACCACGCCCCCUGCCUGCUAUGCCAGCCGCACUGACACUGCUGCUGCCUACCGGGAUGUCACCCGGGCUGCUGGCGGCCGCUUCCACUGGUUUGGAGACACAGGCAUUUACGAAAGCGAUGACAUCAAUGCCAUCAUGUCUGAGAUGGAAAAGGCUCUCAACUACUCCCAAAAGUGUGCCUUACUAGUGUCCUCCCUGAAGAACCAGUCCAGGAAAGAACUGGAAAGUGCAGCCCUCCCGAAAGAAAAGUCAAAGAUGCUCAAGCAAAGAAGUCAGCCCAAGAAACUCUGUCCUUCCAAACCCACAGCCCCCUCGGUGGCCAGAAUGAGCAUUAAAGGUGGCCCUGACAGAGAGAAGAGUCCCCCCCUGAGAGCUCUGAUAUGGCGCCCACCCAGCGACCAGCCAGGCAUCCCGCCAGCUGCAGCUCAGCCAAAGAGAGAAGGGACCGCCGAACGGAGGAGGAAGACCAAAUCGAGGGAGGCAGAGACGUCUCUCUUGCUGUUUUAUACAGAGACAGGGAAUAAUGUGGGCUCAGUGUACAAGAAGUACCCUCAAGGAAGGGGAGUAAGAAGGACUAGCUCUUCUAUUGAGUUGCCCAGAAAGAAUACAGUCUGCUCAAGCCAAGAGUGGGUAGCAAAUUAUGGGCUAAAAAAGCUGAAGAUGGAGAUCUCCAGAUACAUCGGUCCCAAAUGCUCUCAUCAAAAGUCAGCACAGAGGUCAGCAUCAGCCAAAUACUGCAGUGUCUUCCCCAGUGUAGAGAUCAACGGGACAGUGAGACACAUCCAGUGGACGCCCAGGGAAUUGGAAGCGUACAUCACGCACCUGGAGAAGGUGAUGCAGCGCUAUGUCCAGAGGCUGCAGUGGCUAUUGUCUGGGAGCCGACGACUGUUUGGCACCAUUUUGGAGAGCAAAGUGUGCAUCCUGCUGGACACAUCGGGGUCCAUGGGCCCCUACCUGCAGCAGGUGAAGACGGAGCUGAUUCUGCUGAUCUGGGAGCAGCUGCGGAAGCACUGCGAUAGUUUCAACCUGCUCAGCUUUGCAGAGGGCCUACAACUAUGGCAGGACACUCUGGUGGAGACCACAGAUGUGGCAUGUCACGAAGCUAUGCAGUGGGUGACCCACCUGCAUGCUCAGGGGAGCACCUCAGUCUUGGAAGCACUACUGAAAGCUUUCAGUUUUCCAGAUGUGGAAGGAUUGUACCUCCUGACCGAUGGGAAGCCAGACACAAGCUGCAGCCUUAUUCUGAGUGAAGUCCAGAGACUCCAGGAGAACAGAGACGUGAAGGUGCACACCAUUUCCCUGAGCUGCUCAGACAGGGCAGCGGCUAACUUCCUGAGACGUCUGGCCUCCCUCACCGGGGGCCGCUACCACUGCCCUGCUGGGGAGGACACGCUCGUCAGAAUUCACGGCCUGCUGACCAAGGGCUCCGUGGAUGAGAGGGACCCCACGUUGCCACUAUUUGAGGGAGAUGAUUUAAGGAGAUUGGCCCAGGAGAUCGCCAAGGCCAGAAGCUUCCUCUGGCAGGCCCAGUCCUUCAGGUCCCAACUCCAGAAGAAAACCAACACAGAACCAAAGGUGGCUCUUUUUUAGAGAAGCGUUCUCAGUCACAGGAUUGUCACUCACUGGGAAGUCCUGCUCUGAGCCCCAUGCUUGGAAUGUGCUUCUUGCCACCUUCUGCCUGGUGACUCCUGCUCACCCGCCAAGGCACAGCUCAGAUGGCAUCAGCUACACUGUGAAGAUGACCCUGGGACCACCAGGAGCUGGGGGCCUCCAGCCGUCCUCCCAUGGCGCCCUGACCAUAUAUCCCUCUUUACAGAGGUGACACUUAGCACUUAUGACAGUGCUCCAUAUCAGGCUUCCUUGUUCCUUUGUCUAACUCUUCUCCUUGACUGUGAGCUUCCUCAAGAUAAGGCUGGUAUCCUGACCACCUCUGUGUCCCCAGAACCUGCUGUGUAGCAGACAUGUAGGAAACAGCAUGCAGCUUAGUUGUGGGACCUCAGCUCUGGAACCAGCCAGAUGGGGUUGUCUCCACCCUGGUCCCCUUGCUCUGAGCUUCCCCACCACCCUGGUCCAUGGGAGCGAUGCAGAUUCACCAUCAGCCCAUCUUGGAGGAAGAAGAAACAAGUGAGCCUCAUGCCCCACCCCCACCCCAGCUCACCCAAAGUGAACUGCAGUCUGCUCUGGAGCCCCGUCCAGAGCAAAUACCCUGCUCAAGCAUGUGAAAAUCAGGCUGGAUCUGCUGGGCCAGCCCCACUGUGGACUUAUGAAAUGAAUAUGUCACGUCUUAUGUCAUCUGGGGUCAUUUUCUAAGACAGGAAAAGUUGCUUUUAUUUAAUUAGGAUCAAAAUGACUUUUAAACUUAAGCAAUCAUUGGUUCAUAUGCAUGUGUAAAUUUUUUGUGUGAUAAAACUUAAUUAAAAGACUCAUAUCCAGAAUAUAUGAAGAACUCAAAUCAAUAAGAAAAAGACAUCCUAAUUUUUAAGAAUGGACAAGCCUCACACAGGUACAAAUGGGCGAUAGGUAUAUGAAAAGGGGCUCAGCAGCCUUACCCAUCAGUGAAAGGCAAAUUAAAACCACAAUGAGAUACUACUGCAUACCCACCAGAAUGGUAAAAAUAAAAAGACAGAUGCUAUCAAGAUAC